AUGUCGACCGAUGCGAUCGAAGUAGGAGAGGAAGCUCUCGAUGUUAAACUUAACGCAAUGAAGAUCGUCGAUGAGAAGACCGCGGUUGACGGAAACGUUGCCACUGACGUUAAGCCAGCCAAGAAAGGCCGCCAUAUUCGUUUGACCGAUGAAGAACUUCGUAAGCAAUGGGAAGAGAUUCAAGCCACGAAGAAAGUUAUCGAAACUGGAGUUAAGGGAACUGUUAAAUGGUACUCGAUCCUUGGACACUAUGGUUUCAUCGCCCGAUCCGAUAUUGAAGGAGAUAUCUUCGUUCACCAGAGCGCUAUCGCUGUUUCUCGUAUUGAGAAAUUGUUCUUGAGAACAUUAGCUGAUGGUGAGGAAGUUGAGUUCGAUAUUGUCGAAGGCAAGAAUGGAUUAGAGGCAGCUAAUGUUUCUGGACCAGAAAGAACUGCUGUUAAGGGAGCUAAAGCUUUCCGUAUCCUUCUUGGAAGCCGAUUCAACAACCGUAAAAAUGAGAACAAGGAAAAUGUUGAAAACCCAGAAGCCAAGGAUGGAUCUGCCCGUCGCAGAAAAACUGAUGGUGGUCGUGGAGAAAAUCAAGAACGAAGUGAUGAAUCUCGUGGUACCCGUCGUACUCAAAGACCAAGAUCUUUCAGCAAGAAAAACAAGAAGGACGUAGCUGAGGAAGCUAGUGCCAGACGUACCGUUGAAGGAACCACAAUUUCCCCCCGUUGUGAUUCUGGUCUUGGUGAUCAUGAAGCUGGGCUUGGAGCCACUUCUGUUGAUGCUCAGAUCUAA